UAUCUCAGUCUCCGUGCCUGUGUUUUUUUUUUUUGCCUGUUUUUUUUUUUUUUUCUCCUAGAAUGGCUUCGAGAAACUCGAGCCGUUCUUCGAGUUCUGAUCUGGGCUCCAUGGACGAGGUAAAGAAGAUAUUCAACAAGUUCGACAAGAACGGGGACGGGAAGAUCUCGUGCGACGAGCUCAAAUACAUUCUCCAUGCGCUCGGGUCGAAAACCUCGUCGGACGAGGUCAAGCGCAUAAUGUCCGAGGUCGACAAGGAUGGGGACGGCUUCAUCAACCUUGAAGAGUUCGCGGACUUCCACCUCGGCGGAUCUUCAUCUGAGGGCUCCCAGAGUUCCACCAAAGAGCUCCGCGACGCGUUCAACAUGUACGACCUCGACAAGAACGGGCUAAUCUCCGCCAGCGAGCUCCACGCGGUGCUGAAACGUCUUGGCGAGAAGUGCACGAUGUUAGAAUGUUCUAAGAUGAUCAGCGCCGUCGACACCGACGGAGAUGCCCAUGUGAACUUCGAGGAGUUCAAGAACAUGAUGAAAAAAGGUUAGGCUGGUCGUCGUCACAUCAGAACCACCGGUACGUUGUAUUGAAAGUGAAAAAAAGAAGAAGAAAAGAAUUAACCAUAGAUUAAAGGUAUAUUAGAUUGACGUAGAUCAAUAUUAAUUGGACUUGGUUGUAGUUUCCAGUAAUUUCCUCAUCUAUUCUAGCAAGCUGUAAUUUGGUCAUGGAAGCUAAGUUCAUCUGAAAACAGCUAAAAUGGGAAUUGAACUAGGAGUAGGUUUGAUUUGCAGAUUAAUGUUUCGCUUUAGGACGAAUGGUUUCAUGAUGAAAAUCCCGUGAAUGCUGAUUUCAUGUUUUGUGUUGAUUA